UGUGUCAGUUCAACCCCUCGGGCCCCGCACUCGGGUUGAGGCUCCGCCCCGCGCUGGGCACGGGAGGCGGGGACACGGCGGAGAGAAUGGCGGAUGGUUUAGUGUCGGAGGGAGAGAGGCUGCUGCGGUCAGAGCAGGAUUUUCAUGAUGCAGCAAAGAGGAAUGACCUGACCAGAAUGGAGCUGCUUUUGAAAAAGGGAGUGAAUAUCAAUGUCAAAAACAAUAUAGAUCGGACAGCUCUGCAUUGGGCAACUGGUGCUGGACAUGAACAGGCCGUGAAAUUCCUUCUUGACCACGAUGCCUCAGUGGAUGAUCAAGACAGUUUUGGGAUGAACGCUCUGCUUCUGGCUGCCUGGUUUGGUCACCUUCACAUUCUUCGAACACUGGUCAAUGUUGGAGCCAAGUUGUCGUGUGAAAACAAAAAUGGCCUAAAUUUACUGCUUUGUGGUGCCCAGAGAGGCCAUGUAAAGAUUCUGGAGUUUAUUCUGGAAGACCUGGAAAAUGUGUGGCUGGACAAACCUGACAACAUGCAACGAACAGCAUUACAUCUUGCAGCAAGUUGUGGCAACCUAGAGGUGGUGGAAUUCUUAAUUGGCUCAGGCUGUGUCCAUGGCUUGAAGGACAAGGAACAGAACACUGCCCUACAUCUGAGCACGAGAAGUGGGCAUGUUGAAGUCCUGCAGCGAAUAAUAGAAACUGGAGUGGAUCUGGAUGAGAAAAAUCUGGAAGGUGAGACUGCAUUGCAUUUGGCAGCUGAAGGGGGACAUUCCGACUGUGUGAAAGUUCUGUUGAAUGGUGCCUGUGAUGUAAACGCCCAAACAAAUAAGGGCAUGAACGCUCUCCAUUACGCAGCACUACAUGGCUGGGUGAAGGUGUCAGAGCUGCUGAUUGAAGCUCAAAUAAACCUGAAUGCAGUUAACCAUCAAGGGGCCAGUCCAAUACACCUAGCAGUGCUGCGCAAUAAUGAGUCCAUUGUCAAGCUGCUAAUCGAUGCAGAAUGUGAGCUGGAUAUUGUUGAUCACAGACAGCAGACAGCACUUCACAUCGCAGCAGAGAAUGGAAGGCAGACCAUUGCUGACAUGAUCCUCAUAGCAGGUGUAAAUUUAAAGCUAGCUGAUAAGCAUGGAAAAACAUCCUUAGAGAUAGCUGCCCGUGGGAACCAUAUCAAUCUGGUUGAUAUGAUUAUCAAAGCAGACAGAUUUUAUAAAUGGGAAAAGGAUCACCCAAACAUUGAUUCAGAGUCCUGUGUUGGAAUGCAUGUGACCUUCAAACAAGACCACAGACCAGAAACCCAGCACAUCCGCUCAGUCAUAUGGAGACUAGCAACAAAACACCUAAAACCAAAUGAGUGGAAGAAACUUGCCCAUUUCUGGAAAUUUACAGAAGCACACAUUAAGGCUAUUGAGCAACAAUGGGCAGGUUCUAAAAGUUACAAGGAGCAUGGACACAGAAUGCUGCUGAAUUGGCUGCCCGGUGUGAUCACAUCAGGAGAAAACCCAAUUAAAGGGCUGUAUGAAGGCCUAGUGGGAAUGGGCAGGAGAGACCUGGCCGGUACCAGCAAGAAAAGAAAGAAUCACACAGCGCAGAAGAGGCCCUUCGGCCCAUCGAGUCUGCACUGACACAAAGUAUCCGAAGAAAAGCAAAUGCUGACUGCAGUUCUCCCAGGAAGUGUGCAGUGAUGUGAGGAACUGACUCCUGAAGAUUUGGAGUCACUGCAGAAUUUUGUUCCCGUGAACAGGAGACAGAGGGUUAAUGUAGCCCCAAGUGCUGAAUCAUCAGUAAGGAUCGGCAUUGUUCAAAGUGUUGUACAAGUGCAUCAGGUCACCUUGGUUUUACAGAUAAACUACCUGAGCUCAACAUAUAAAUUGUGUAAAGAACUAAGUCACAUCACAAGUGAUAAUCACACCUUCACAACCAGGCAAGCCAGAUAACAAUUAUAGAUCAUUAUUGUUUCUGUUAAACUGCUUAAAAUAUUAAAAUAAUAUAGAAGUCAAAGUGGCAAAAAAGGACUUGAUAUUUUAAUGUGGAUUAGUCAGCUUUGCCAGAACAUUUGAUAAUUUUAUUACUGAUAACAAAAAUGAGGCAGCACAGAAAAGGCUGAACUUUGCAUUUUUCUUCUUUCUAAACAUAAGGGUCUGUUGGCUGUGCACAGCCUCUUCUUAUCUGGAAAGAUAAUCCAAGCAAAACAUUUUGUUUCAUGGCUGCAAUGCUUUUGCAUUACUAAGAGAAUAUUGUCACUGUUGACUCUGCCCAGGUUUAUAGAUGCUCAGUGAGGACUCCACAUUUUAUUUCAAAUAUUCUUGGUACACCUGCAAUAUGUCAUGAAUUGUCACAUGCCUGUUGAGGAGCAGUUCCAGGAUUGUACAUUCAGAUAUGAGGAUGUUCCCUCACGAGACCAAGUGAUGGCUAGUGGGAGAGGAUUAGAUUAAUUCAUAUGUACUCCAAUGCAAAGAGUUUCUUAAUCAGAAACAUUAGCCCUAUUUUUCAAUACUUGUCAGUUUAGAAUUAAUCUAUUCGUCAUACUAGAAAAUAACAUUGCUGCUUGUCACAGCAUUGUUCAUAAACAUUAAGUGCCAUGAUGUCAGUAAGCUUAGAUGGUGAGUUUUUAAUAAAAAUCAAUAAUUCUCAGGCUAAACUUACUGAAUAAACUAAUAGAGUCAAAGGAAGCCAUCUCAGAAGGAACAUGUGAUUCAUAAAACCAUAGAACACUACAGCACAGAAAACAGGCCAUUCGGCCCUUCUAGUCUGUGCCGAAAUAUUAUUCCACUAAUCCCAUUGAACUGCACCUAGUCCAUAACCCUCCAGACCGCUCCCAUCCAUUCCUUGGCAGUAAUCACUUUAUAUAUUACUAUACUGACAAUGAAUUAAACAAGUUAGCAACAAAUAAUUUUAAGAUAGUGAACCUCAAUUUUGAAGAAUUAGAAUGAAUCAAUGGUUAUUUUAAAAGGCUUGACUAUAAUAACCCCCUUUUCCGUUAAGUCUUUUAACAGAAUACAUGACACUACAAUAUUGAAAACUUUUGUACCUUACAGUGAUAUAAUGUAUUGAAAGGUGUGCCAGUGAUAUCAAAAUUGCAAGCAUUUUGUCUUUUAAUAACAAUCAAAGAUUUAACCUUGGAUCAUUAAAAGAAAAAAUUAUUAAUUUACCUUUUAUAGGUAAAUAACUUUAGCUGUGUUAUUUUUUUUUAAGUCUUUACAUUUUUAAUGUAGAUUAAAUCGCUAGAAUUACUUUCACAGACUGAUCUGCGCUAUUGGAAUGUUUGUAGCUCUAGAAACAAGAGAAAAGGACAGCCAAGAGACCUUGAUACAUCAACUCAUAUCCAUGGUUAAAGCCUAGCCCAGAAAUUAAGGUUGAAUCUUGCAAUAUAAUUAAAUAAUAAUUAAUUAGUAGUUUUAUCACAAGAUUGGUCUUUAAACUUCCCUGCUUAAUACGAGGUAUGUUCCUAAGAGAUUUUAUGUUUGAUAUUAAAGUCUCCUUACAAACCUUAAGUUAAAAUGUAGACACAAGAUUGCUAUUAAAGGAUGUAUUUAAACCAGAUUAGAAGAAAGGUUGGAAACCAAAGUGAUAUAAAGCAUAUCCAAAAUUUGAUUAAAAGAACACAUUAAAUAAAUCCAUUGUUCUCUUAUCAAGAUUAAUUAUGUACAAAGGCUAAGACCAAUUAAGCUAAAUUAAAGAACCUAUCAGCCAAUCAAAAGGUGACAAGAUCCCAUUAACACGUCGGGAGGGAGGGUCUUGAACCUUCUCUAAGGGUUAAAAAUCCCAUCUCCAGAGACAUUAUUCUGACCGAAGAUAAGAUGCUAGCCAUAUUCUGACUGAAAAUACUUAUCCAAAAGCAGGAUGAAGAUGCAGGCUUUCAUGGAACCGAUCACCUAGUGAAAGUCGUAGAGCUCUUUUGGAUAAGAUGAGUAUGAGUUCUCUUGGGUGUACAUUAGUGUAGAAUGAAGACAAAGAAAGAUACUUAUGAGAAGGUUUAAUUGUAUGGAUGUAUGAUGCUUAAAUAUUUUGAUUUAACUAAUUCUGUAUAUAAUUAUUUCAAUAUUACAACUCUAUUAAUUUUUAUAUUUUUCUUUAAAUAAACUUCCUUGAACUCA